UAUUCUGGCCAGCAGGGGAACAAAAUGUUUCCUCACAUAUUUGAAAUGUGUUUCCACUCAGCUAGAUAAAUGUUUAGCUCCAGAGAAAUCUAAACCCACCCCUCCGCGGAGACACACACUUUUAUUUUGGUUUUUUUUUUAAUGGGUGUUGCAGGCUGAACCGACAGAAAGUCCCGGGGCAGGUCCUGCUGCCAGAGCGUCGCCAAGAGUCCGGAGGCUGAGGUCUGUGUGCGCAUUUUCUGGGAAAGCCUCCCAAAAAGCUCAGUUUUGCCAAGGAGAACCUGCUGAGGCGCUCAUCCGCGGUGCAGACUCAGCAGUGUGGGCACAUCUGUUGGAGGUUUUCUCCUUUCUGAGCCCGGAGGAUCGUCUCAGUUUGUUGGACAUUACCGGAGGAUUAAUUGGAUACAUUCAUUUACCGGACGCGGAAGUUUUUAGAGAUGUGACGUGGUCCAAACGUUUUCGCCACUGAAAGACUUUGAUUUUCCCUAAAAGUUGAGGAUUAUUACAAAGUUGUGGAUGUUUGUUUGGCAUGAUAUGACCUCCUGGGAUUAUAGUUGCACACGGAUGGUUGAGAUAUUGGAUAUAACUUUUACGCACACUCUUUUUUCGCGUUGUCUGUCACACUCAGAGCUGACGGUGGUUUCCUCAGCAGAAGGCAUGAUCUGAAACACAUCUCUGGCUCUGUGCUGCGCGCUGUAUGUCUUCAUCUGGAGUUAAAUACAUUAAUCAAAUGCACUAAACAAGCACCAGGACCGCAUCUCCAUCACUGGAUCUCUAUCUCUCCCCCCACGGUACGCAUAACUUUAUCUCGCCACCAUGCGGGGGGCUUUUGUUCUCACUGUAUCUCUGGUUUAUCUGCUAACCUGGACAGGAGAAGCAGACAAACAGACUCAAAAUAAGAAAGUGCAAUUACUGAGGCGCGCAAAUGGGGUCCCCAUGAGACGCAAGUACCUUGGGUUUGGUUCUGCUCUAUCGGUGCACAGUCCCACACAGGAGGAAGAUGUGCAGGCUGAUGAAGGAGCUCCAGUUAACACCAGGACUGUGCAGGGUAGAAGAGCAGGAGGUGUGACGUCACGGAGAGGGGUGAUGCAGGAUGAGGCAGCGCGAGGCAGGGUGCCCCGGAUGCCCAGCAGCUCGGGGUCACCGAACCUGCUGGCCACCUUCGCAGGGAAGAACCGGGUGCUGGUGAUCUCUGCGCCCCACGAGUCAGACGGUUACUACCGGCUGAUGAUGUCUCUGCUGAAGUCAGAUGUGUACUGCGAGCUGGCAGAGAGGCACGUGCACCAGGUGGUCAUAUUCCAUCAGGAGGGGGAGAUGGGGGGGAAGGUGAGGAGGAUCACUGCGGAGGGGAAGGUGAUGGAGGAGCCGCUGGAUACUGGUCUCAUCCCCAGACUCAUGAGCUUCCUCAAGCUGGAGAAAGGUAAGUUUGGGAUGGUGCUGCUGAAGAAGACGCUGCAGGUGGAGGAGAGAUACCCGUACCCGGUGAGGCUGGAGGCCAUGUACGAGGUGAUUGACCAGUCGCCCAUGAGGAGGGCCGAGAAGCUCCGGCAGAAAGGCUUCGUGCAGAAGUGCAAAACUGCCGGCGUGGAGGGCCAGGUGGAGGAGGGCACGCUCACCGGACAAGUACAUACCCCAGCACAAAGAAUACCGGCCAAGAAGAUCCCAAGAAAGCCCCAAACAACAACAACAACCACCACAGCUGCCACCACAACAACAACCACCACAAGACCAACAACAACCACCACACGACCAACAACAACCACUACAACUACAACUCGGCCCACCACCACCAAGAGAGCGACAACCACCACAACAAAAGCCACAACCACCACAACAACCACCAAACCCACCACCACCACCACCAGAAGAACCACCACAAAGAGAUUCACCACCACCACCACCACCCAGAGACCCACCAGAGCCCACACCACCGCCCUGUGGCCCCCGGCCCCCAGGACCACCAUUGACCCCUACUACUACAGCCACAGGGAGAGGAACCCGGCGAGGACCACCCCGGCUGGAGACAACCGAACGGACAAAGACAUCAGAGAUCCACACCGACGCAGACUGGUGCCCUCCAUACACAAACCCUCCAAGGUCAAACCCACCAGGAGGAAGAACGGGGGAGAGAAGGUGAUGACGAAUGAGUACGAGGACAGGUUUGAACCGGGCAAGCCCACAGUGAGUGAUCCGGAGGAGACCUUCACCAGCGUCAGCCCCACCAAGAGGGUGAAGGGCAAACACGACAAGCACGACAAGAGGAAGAAGAAGAACGACAAGGCUGCAAAGAAAGCCGAGAGGAGAGGAGGGAAGACGGGGAAGAUCGGGGGAAAGAAAAAUGGAAAGAAGCUUUCAAAGUACCCAGGGAAAGAGGACUACCCGAAGCCCACUAAGAAGCCAACGCCCCCUCCGAAGGGAUCUCUGGCCUCCUUCCUGGACUACUUUGAGGACAGGAGGCGGCUGCUGCUGAUUACGUCCCCCGGUGAGGAGAGCAACAUGUAUGUGCAGCAGAGGGACGAGUACCUGGAGUCUGUGUGUGAAAUGGCCAUCAGGAAGGUUUCCAUCAUCACCAUCUUCGGCUCUCUGACCAACUCCACCAUGAAAAUUGACCACUACCAGCUGGAGAAUGAUAAGCCGAUGAAGGGUCUGCAUCAGGAGGAUCUGGUGAACCAGGAUCUGAUCACGGAGCUGAGGAACGAGUUCAGCUUGAAGCCCGAUGACUUCUACAUGGUGCUCACCGACGGAGACAUGAGGGUCAAGCAAACCUACGAGGUUCCCAUCGCCAUGAAGGCCGUGUUCGACUACAUCGACACCUUCUCCUCCCGCAUCCGAGAGAUGGAGCAGCAGAAGAGGGACGGGGUCGUCUGCAAGAAGGAGGACAAGCCCCGAUCUCUGGAGAACUUCCUGUCAAGGUUUCGUUGGAGACGUCGCCUCUUCAUCAUCUCCGCCCCCAACGAUGAGGAGUGGGCCUAUCAGCAGCAGCUCUACGGCCUCAACAGCCAGGCCUGCAACCUGGGUCUUCGGCACAUCGCCAUUCUGAAGUUGGUCGGCACGGACCUGCCAGACAUUGGUGGAGUGCUGGAACUCUAUCCCAUCAACGGCAGUGCCACUGUGGAGCGGGAGGGAAUGUCCGCCAACCUGGUGAAGGACAUGAGGAACUACUUCCAGAUCAGCCCCGAGUACUUCUCCAUGCUGCUGGUGGGGAAGGAUGGUAAUGUGAAGUCCUGGUACCCCUCCCCCAUGUGGUCCAUGGCCAUCAUCUACGACCUGGUGGACUCCAUGCAGCUGCGCAGACAGGAGAUGGCCAUCCAGCAGUCCCUGGGCAUGCGCUGCCCCGAGGACGAGUACGGGGGCUACGGAUACCACCAGCACGGGUACGAGCACGGGUACCAGGACGGCUAUCACCAGGGUUACGGGUACUAAGCACGUCGAUCCUCUUUACUUUCAGUCAUCUUUCCUCCUCCUCCUCCUCCUCCUCCUCCUCGUCCUCCUCCUCCCUGAAUGUUUUGUAGCACUUAGUGGAAGCGUCACACCUGUAGCUUUCACCUGUCUUAAAUCUAUAUAUUGCAUAGUCUGCUGCAGAGUAAUUAAGGAGCUUAAAUCAGAGUCAGUAAAUGUGUAGAGAGUCAGAUAUGUGUUCCUGUCUCCUUCACUUGCCUUCCAGGUCAAAUAACACGUGCAGUUUAUCAGUUCAGACCUUUAUUUUGUAGAUAAUAGGCUAAAAUAAGACAUAUGUAUUUAUUGGACUUCUGUUUGCAUUUGAGGUGCAGUUAUUGCUUAUUUUAUGACUCAUUUUUUCUCUUUUGUAAAGUAUCUGUUGCUCUACAGUGUUCUUAUUUAUACUCUGUUGUGCUAUAUGACAAAUAAACAUUUGUUUACUCCC